GGAUCUGCGGCCCUGAGCAUCGGAGCGGUGAACUCUUCAAGUCUCCGAUUAAAUUUAGAAAAUGGUCUUCAAUAAAACUACAUUGAAAAAAUGGGAAAGAAACAAAAUGGAAAGAGUAAAAAAGUUGAAGAGGCAGAGCCUGAAGAAUUUGUGGUAGAAAAAGUACUGGACCAUCGUGUAGUGAACGGGAAGGUGGAGUAUUUCCUGAAGUGGAAGGGGUUCACAGACGCUGAUAAUCCUUGGGAACCAGAAGAAAAUUUAGAUUGUCCAGAAUUAACUGAAGCAUUUCUUAAUUCUCAAAAAGCUGGUAAAGAAAAAGAUGGCACAAAAAGGAAAUCUUUAUCUGACAGUGAAUCUGAUGAUAGCAAAUCGAAGAAGAAGAGAGAUGCUGCUGACAAACCAAGGGGCUUUGCCAGAGGUCUUGACCCUGAAGGAAUAAUCGGUGCCACGGACAGCAGCGGAGAAUUAGUGUUUCUCAUGAAGUGGAAGGACUCGGACGGGGCCGGCUUGGUGCUGCCAAAGGAGGCGAAUAUGAAGCGUCCUCAGGUUGUCAUUGACUUCUACGAGGAGCGGCUGACUUGGCAUUCUUGUCCUGAAGAUGAAGCACAAUAAUUGUUUGCAUUUAUAUAUAUAAAAUCUGGAUCUUGGGUUUUGAAUUACUAGUGUGAAAAAAUAGCAUUCUAGUGAAAAUCAAGAUUGAUAUGCUGGUUUUGAAAGUAUUGACAGUAGUUGGGAUAUUUUUGGUUUUUGUUCUGCA